CGCACGCUCCAAGACGACAGGCGCAUCAGCUCUUUCUCUUCACCCCACGCGUUGUUUUUUUCCACCAGAGGACCUCAGGAUAUCUUGAAACUUGACGUCUUUUACUGGAUUUUCCUCACAUUUUUCUCAUUCUCGGGGAUUGCUGGGAAGAAGACGGAGGUUGUCGAGCCUGGGACUUUGGAGAGGCACUGUGUAGUGUACACACUCUCUAUAUACGUUGUCAUCUCCACGUAGCAAUGAUGAUGGAUGAAGAAAUCAUUGAGGACCGGGCAAAGCUGAAGCAGGGCGUGGUCAAAGUCCUCCAGUGUGUGGCCACCAUCUCCUCUGCAGCGGCCGUGGUCAACCCCAUCUUCGGUGUGGCUGGUUCCCUCAUCCGAGUGGUGCUGCACCACAUCGACGACGAGGACAUCCGCACCCUCAAGCGGGAGUUUGGUUCCGUCCACCGGGCGCUGGAGCAACUGUCCCAGCAGAACCGCAACACACUGAUCCAAAUCAAGAAGGAGACCCUGGAUGGCCAGUACUGUCAAGUGGAGGAGAACCUGAAGAACCAGUUCAGGAAGUUUAUGGGAAUGGUGGAGGCGGGACCGGAGCACCGCGAGCGCAAAAAGGACGACUUUGAGGAGAGCUACGCCAAUGACUUGGGCGACCAGAACCUGCACACGCUGUACGACGGUGUGGUGGGAAAGCCGAAGCUCUUCAGCAAGCCAAUCCUGGAGGUGUACCUGGAGCAUUCGCAGGGUGACCGCCGCACCAUGGAGCGCCUCUGCACACGCCUCACCUACUUGUUUUGCAUUGGCCUCAUUGCACUCAUGGGCUACGCUGCCAUCAUUGGUGAUGAUGAGGAGGGUCUGAGCGAGGAGUGGGCUGAGAAAAUGGAGCAUGUGCAGGAGAAGAUGCAGGAGGCUCUUUGCAGGUGCAAGUGAAGAAUCUCAGCAGAGAAAUGUCACCAGUUCAUUCACUUGAAGGAACACAACUAAACUUAAAUGAGACUUAUCCAGCGAGAUGGAUCUUUUUUCCCACAUUUCAACAAGGGUAAUCUUAAUAUUUUUAAGACAUCAUUUAUAAUAUAAGUAGUACAGUGGUACCUUGAUUCUCGACCACAGUCCGUUCCAGACAGGCGUUCGAAAAGCAAAUUGUUCGAAAUCUGAAUCAAUUUUUCCCAUUACGAUGAGUGGAAAAAGAAACAAUGCGUUCCAAGCCUUAAAAUAGGCUUUUGUAGGAGUGAAUGUAGAGUGUCUGCUGCAGGUGCGCUGUUCCUCUAUGUGUGUGGCCGCUGCAUGUGGGAGGGGUUGCCGAGUGAGUGACAUCUCUCCAGAAGUGAAGAGGUGUCCGGUGCGUGUCCAGCUCUGAAUGUGCGCUUCUGUGCAGUUUGGCUGUGACAAAGUCAUAAACCAAGUAACGCUCUGUCCCAGACUCGCCUCAUUCCUGUCCCAGCUCCAGCCCACAACAGGACAUCAAACCUGGAGUGAGCGCUCCAGCCUCAGAAGUGUGGAGAGCGAGCACCUCCCCUGUGACACUCUACCACGGUCCAGUGUGGAGACAGGAAAGGUUUUACACCUCAAUAUGCAGAAAAAACAGUCAGUAAAUGUAGCUAACGGGACACGUCUGCAUACAGAGGCUGCGUCAUACACAAUAACAAAGCGCGUCGUGGGUCAGCAGAUCGGUCCGUGCACGUUGUUUUUUUCCGGCUUUUUUCGGGGGCGUUCGAGUUCUGGAUUUUUGUUCGAACUCCGAGUUGUUGAAACUCAGGGGCGUUUGAAAACCGAGGUACCACCGCAUUCGAAAGACGUAAUUUAUUAUAUAAGUAGUACUUAAAAUACUUAAAAGCAAAUACUAAUGCCUAAAGGCCAGGUAGUGAGUCAGUGAUUUCAAUGACAUCACUGAUCAUUUAGAAGUUUUUUGUUGUCGUUCUCAAGUGAAUGAAUUACUUCUACUGCUGGGUUUUAUCAUGUCCAGGACUCUCGUCCACAUACUGGCUGUCACUUCUUUCUUGUGCUUUCUAAAUAUUAUGAGGAUUAUGUGCAAUGACAUAUAUUAAUCACUACAAAUCUAUAGGUGUCUUCCCAUCAUUUAAUAGAUAACACUAUUGUAACUUAUUUUAUUUUCUUUGUAAACAUUAAACGUAAACAAGCGAUCCUAAAUGCAUAACCAAAUAAAGAGAUGCCAGGAUGUAAGUGCAGUGACAUCUCUUCCCUGAACAAGUAAAAAGUAUGUUGUUAAAUAAAUAUUGUUGACCUAAUUUGACCUUUCUGAUCACAUGAUGAAAUUACUGGCUUCAUUUGGAAUUACUUUCCCACUGCCUUAUCUGCUUCAUUUUAAUAUUUAGCUUUAGUGAAAAAAUGUCACUGUUUUCAUCAUACACUACGUUUAUUUUAUAUAUUUUUGUAAUGGAGAGCCUCUCAGCUGACCAACAGUGCCUGAACGCACCAUUGUUUUUGUAUUCUUGUUUGAAGGGUGUAAUAUUAUUUUGUAUCUGUAAGGCAUUUGACUGUAUGUUGCAGUCACUAUUUACCUUGGGAUGGUGAAUUUGCGUUAAAGUCUUUUUUUUUAAUUUGUAUUGUCUAGAGGUUUCUGUGUAAUACUCCAAUCUCUAAAAAUACAACUGUGCUGUCAGUCUUUAUCAACUUAAGACAACACAAGUCUUAGGAUACUGUUUCACAUGCCCAACUCAUGAAGACAUUAUCAUCAAGUGAACAUACUUGGCUAGAUGGAGAAUAUAUCGGAAACCUCCCAUAUAUGAAUAUGUUUUUGAUCUGUCUGUCAUGUCUGCACCGCUUCAAAUAAAUGUGAGUAAAAUA